AUGACUGCUUGGUGUGCUCGUCAGUUGCUCUUCGUUUCGGCAGUUCUACUGUUAGUAGCUGGGCAAACACUCGGGAGAGUCAAUGAAGAAGAAAAGGAUCCACAGUUCUGGAUAGACAAAGCCCAGGCUGAGCUAGAGAGAGCAUUGGGAAGAAAGAAUAACUACAACAGGGCAAAGAACAUAAUUUUCUUUCUCUCUGACGGACAUGGCCCAACUAGUCUUACCCUGUCUAGAAUCUUCAAAGGACAACGGAAUGGCAAGUUGGGAUCUGAAGAAACGUUGGUCUACGAAGACUUUCCAAACGUCGGUUACUCAAAGACGUAUAGUGUCAACCACCAGAUCAGCGAUUCAUCAGUAACUGCAACAGCCUGCCUGUGUGGAGUGAAGAGCAACUAUGGGGUGAUUGGCACAGACGGACGAGCCCCAAGGGGGGACUGCACCAACAUCGCAGAGAGGAGCCCAACGUGUAUUCUAGAACUAGCUAAAAACGCAGGGAAGGCUACUGGUGUAGUAACCACUGCAAGAAUCACGCAUGCUUCACCAGGGCCUCUUUAUGCGCACGUCCCGGAAAGAGAGUGGGAAGAUGAUUCGACAAUAACAGAUGAUGCCAAAUCAAAGGGUUGCAUAGACAUCGCUUCACACAUUGUGGGACCCGUGGGGAAAGAUAUCACGGUUCUGAUGGGUGGUGGUCGGCGCCAUCUAUACCCCAACACUUCCGCAGAUCCCGAGUAUCCUGACCGAACAGGAAGACGCCUUGAUGGGCGCAAAAUUCACGAGGAAUGGGUUAAAGAGAAGACUGACCGAGGUCUGAACGCUGAAUUUGUUUGGAAUAAGGCACAGUUUGAUUCUAUUGAUCCUAACACAAUAGAUCACUGGUUUGGAUCAUUCGACUACAGUCACAUGUCGUAUACAAACGACACAGAUGCUGCAGGAGAGCCGACACUGACGGAGAUGACUAGAAAAGCAAUACAAAGGCUCCAGCGUAGUGACAAAGGGUUCUUUUUAUUCGUAGAAGGUGCCAGAAUUGACCAUGGCCACCACGACACGCUGGCUCAAAAAGCUCUCGAGGAGGCUUUUGAAUUUGACAAGGCAGUGAAGGUCGGUAUGGAUAUGACAGACGAGAAGGACACGCUGAUUAUUGUCACUUCUGACCACUCAACACCUAUAAUCACCGGCUCAUACGCAAAGAGAGGAAACCCGGUCACAGGGAACACCGACUACACAGACGAUUCUUCGCAUACAUCAGGAGGUGGUGCUUUAUCAUCAGUGGACAAGAAACCAUACACCGUCAUCGCUUAUGCAGAAGGACCUAACUUUAAUGACAGCGCACCGAGGCCAAACCUAACAAAUGAUGAUCUAAAAAACCGAAAUUUCAAAUAUCCAUCUGCGAUACCAAUGAAAGAAACAGGCCACGAUUUGACAGAUGUUGGUAUCUAUGCCCGUGGACCAAUGGCGCACCUCUUCCACACGACUCACGAGCAAAACUAUAUCUUCCACGUUAUGAAAUUCGCUGCAUGUCUUGGCGACUCUAAGACGCAUUGUGAUAAUAUCAGGGACAAGAAAUAUCCAGGCAUGAAUGAUGAAUGCACCAGUUCGGCAGGAACAACCUUUCCAUAUAUUUCACUGUUGAUUGCUAGUGCUCUGACACUGUGUACAUUUGACUAUUAGUAAAUCGGAAUUGGUAUUUUCCAGGGAACAACAAUUUUCUGUAGCUGCUGACCACCACUGACUCUUGAAAAUCCUAAUUGUUAUAAAGUUUUAGUAGUCUAGCCACAAGCCCCUGCGACUGCGCUCCCCCUACUUGACUUAACACCUACUCACACAGGGGCGGUGUGUAGUGUUUGUGUGUGUGGGGGAGGGGUCACAAAGGUUUGUAGUUUGACUAAAGUUUUAGUAUUCAACACGUUUGUUGAUCAUCAAAUCUCUCCCUCUAGAUCCAACAUUGUGGAGCAGAGUGAAUCGUUCAAAGGCACAUUUGGGCUCAUUUAAUACUCUCAGACUCCCCUCUUUAAGUUUGUCAACCGAUUCCAAACGAUUGCACACAAUAAGAUUUGAUAGGCUUUUACAUGCUGUCGAAUGAAAAGCGUACAAUGCCAACCCUAUGGAGGGAGUGUAGGAUUUGUAAUAUGUGUAUGCGGGGUUGAGGCGGGGUUAUUCUUAAAACAUGAUACAAUUAUAAGCAAAUUCAUCU